GGCGGGGAGCCGCACCAGGCCGAAACCCCGGCACACCACAAGCCGCCCCGGUCUCAGCGUCCGUCCGUCCCGAGCAAGGCCAGCGGACAUGACCGAUCCACCAGGGGCCCCGCCGCCGGCGCUCGCAGGCCGCGGAUGAAGAAGAAAAUACAGUUCCGCGUUGCCCGGAGCGAGGAGAUGGCCCAGAGGGAGGAGGUGGCCCGGACCGAGGAGAUGGCCCAGAGCGAGGAGAUGGCCCGGAGCGAGGAGAUGACCCGGAGUGAGGAAGUGGCCCAGAGCGAGGAAAUGGCGGCGACCGGGCUCAACGUGACCGUCUCCCACAACAAUGAGAAGCACAACCUUUAUGUUACCCUGCAGCAGGGCACUAGUGAACCAGUUGUCCAAGACCUGGCCCAGCUUGUUGAAGAGGCCACAGGGGUUCCAGUGGCUUUUCAGAAACUCAUAUUUAAGGGAAAAUCUCUGAAGGAAAUGGAGCAGCCAUUGUCAGCACUUGGAAUACAAAAUGGUUGCCGGGUCAUGUUAAUUGGGAAAAAGAACAGUCUAGAAGAACAGGUUGAAUUAAAGAAGUUGAAAGAUUUGGAGAAAGCUGUGGAGAAGAUAGCUAACCAACUGGAAGAGUUGAAUAAAGAUUUUGCUGGAAUCCAGCAGAUUCUGCCAGAAAAUUUCAAAGACAGUAGACUGAAAAGGAAGGGCUUGGUAACAAAGGUUCAGGCAUUCCUGGCUGAGUGUGACACAGUGGAGCAGAACAUUGGCCAGGAGACAGAACGGCUGCAAUCCACAAACUUUGCCCUGGCAGACUGAGGUGAGGCGGACCGGGGCUGUGCUUCUCUGAAAAACUGUACCACCAGCUCUGCCAUCUCCGGACUAGAAGUUACCUGAUUUCUCCUGGGCUGCUGGGGACAGCUGGCCAAUUGCCAGUUUUCUCGAUGAAAAUGUAUUGUCUUUGUAGACUUAAGUAGAGCUCCUGUCUCUUCCCUUUUCUGUUUCUAUUUGGCUAUGCUGUCCAGGCGCCCACCUUGUCUGGAGACGGUCUCCUCUGCCCAUGUUUUCCCAGCCCUUUUGACCUUUGGGUGCUUUCUCUGGGCUGAUGGGUGCCCUUGUUUGUCCUGGGAUAGUUCAUGUUUGUAGGCCACCGGGUUUUCAGAUACAUUAGGGCUUUUUUGCCCUUGUGAUUCUCUAGUCCCAUAGAUGUACAACUCGAAUCACCAGGAGAUUGCUUCCAGUCAGGAGUGUUGGGAAUGUCCCAGAACAGGUGUUUGGCACACAUGUAGUUCAAACAUACCUCAUUGUGACCCAAUGUCCAAACGGCUGGCUGGGUUGUUGGUUCACAGACAUUGUCCUCACCCCCCAAUGACCCUGGGUGAGGCCUGUGGUUGAUGUACGGACUUCCUUGUUCCCAUGCGGAUCUCCAGAAGGCUAGAACCCUAUGUUGAUUUAGUCUCUGCUUGAAGCCAGGCCAGAACCAUGGCAUAGGAAGGGCAGAGAGGGGAGCCAGAGCGGGUAAAGCAGGCAGAUGGGUGAAGCUAACCAUAAACUUCUCAGGAGUGACAUGUACUUCCUUCAAAGGCAUUGCUGUUAACUUCUGUACUCUUCUGAGAUUUGUAUUUCCUUCAUGGGUGUUCCUGUUUUGUGACCAUUUUUCCCUGUUGUUAUUAAAAAACAGUUUUGAACAUCCAUCA